GUGCUACCUAUCUAAGAGAUGGGGAACAUACGUAUGCCAACAUGAACAGGACAGAACUCAAACAGCGGAAGGCAGGGAUUGAGGAUGUCCAUUAGUUAUCCUAGAUGAAGGGGUUACGCCUGAAACGCGUUGGAUUACACACUAAGGAGACCCUACUGUGCACUGAAUUUGGAAAAUCAGACUGUGCAACACGGACGGGGAACUAGCAGCCAGCCAGCCGCUAAUCACAGCCGCCAGCCGGCCGCCAGCCGCCUAGCCGCUAAUUAAAAAAGCGGCCAGCCGUCAGCCGUCUACCUAAUAACAGUGAGGAGCAAACACCGUGUACUACGGGUGCCGGGACCGCUGUUUAAAGCAAGGACGAACAGGGUCAUGUAUCCUGGCAAGAAAAAACUGAAGCUCAUUAUACUGGUCCUAGCAGUUCUUCUAAUCCUGAUGUUCUGUAUUGUGAUCAUUCUUACAAGCCUAUUGAUUAUUUACAAGACUGAGAUGACUGAAAACGAAUCACAAUAUAAUGAGCGAUCUUGUGACAGCGGCUGGCUGCAGUUUGAGGACAGUUGCUAUCUCUUAACUUCAUCUAGAAGCAACUGGACAACAGCUCAAAGUGCAUGCGAAAGGUUGCAAAGUAACCUGGCUAUAAUAACCAGUCGGAAGGAGCAGGUAUUCUUGAACUAUCAAAUGAGUGAAAGACAUUAUUGGAUUGGUCUGACUGAUGUGGAAACUGAAAACAAGUUUAAAUGGGUUGAUGGAACAACAUUAUCAUUAACAUCUUUUAGCAACUGGGGGAAUGGAAACCCAGAUAAUAAAAAUGAUGAAGACUGUGUUCAACUGAGGGACUGUGGAAGAUGGAAUGAUGCGCAAUGCUCUGGUGUAAACUACGCCAUCUGUGAGAAGAGCCUCUAAACGGAAAAACAAUGCUAAUGUAUAAAAGGAUUUUCCCUGAAACGGAACCAUUAUCACAGCAUUGAUCUGUUUUGUGAAACUUCAUCCAACACUAUUAUUAGGCCGUAAUCUGUUCUGUAAAUGUGCACGUUAGAUUGUACUUUUUUUCUGUUUUAUGUUUGAGCCAGCCCUUAUCCCAAACUUUUCUGUAGCCAUUCUCAAUCCUUAGCGGGAGAUUUAUCAAAGAGAUAAAGUGGAGAGAGAGACAUUACCAACUAAUCUGCUUCUGUCAUUUUUCAAACACAACCUGUAAAAUGAAAGAAGAUGAUUGGUUGUUAUCUCUCUUUAAGCUUUGAUAAAUCUUCCCCUGUGUCAGAAAAGUCAGCCAGUACAAGGUGAGAUAAGUGGUCACUGGGGUUGUAUCACUACUAGGUUUCUUUGCACUAGUGGAUCAAAGGAUAAAAAUAUGAACCAGUAAA